AUGGCUGUUUCAUGGUGCAAAGAUUCUCCAAUAUUCAAUAAGAUUCGUGGAUGUAUCCUGCUUGUUGUGAUAGUAGCGACUCUUGCAACAGCCAUCGGAUUUACUCUUUGGUUCAUAGGAAGCUAUGUGGACUCGAAGUCCGGUCCGCAGACACAACCUCUUGUGCUGCGUUUAGAUGUUUUUUCUUUAUCGAAUUUUGAGGUUUCCAAUUCAUCGUUAUCUGCCGAAUGGGAUGCCAAAAUGACAUUUGGGAACCAAAAUAGUGGCCUAACUGUUACAAUAUACCCUUUUGAGACUUUCGUGUAUUACAAAGAAAGUGAAGACGCUCUAUCAUGUGCUUCAGUGGAUGCAAUGCAUAUUCCUCCGCGAAAACAGAAGACGGUGCAGAUCAAAUUUGAUUCAACAGGCUGUGAAGGGAACCAGCCAUUUAUCGAGGAUCGUGUGCUGAAGGAGCUAAGUGAAGAUCAUCGAAAGAGUGGUUACUUGAAUUUCAGUUUGAAGAUGCGUAUAGAUGCUUCGUAUACCAUGAGGGAGCUCUUGGGAAUGGGAACACAAGUGACUAUAAAUCCUAAUUGUACGGAUUUGAAGAUCGAGAUUGCGCAGCCGCAAGGUGAGGGAGAGAUCAUUGGGGGAAGAAAGUGCACUGUUCCAUUGCCUAAUUGA